UAAUUCAGUUGAUUCAGUACAUCGCUAGAAACCGAGAGCACAAUAAUGUUGAUUUUUAUAACAGUUUUAAUGCUCAAUGUGUGGGCUAUAUCGGCAGAUGAGGUACUUUCACCAAACAUAAACAUCAUUGAAGAACUGGGGAAAAUAAAGACCAUGGAAACAAAAAUGAAAUCUCUGGAGACUGAAAUAGAUCAACUAAGAACAGAAAACAAAGCACUGACUACAAAUCUGAAAAAACUGGAGGAGAAGACCGAUGCUUCAGAAAGGGUGAAAGUAGCAUUUUCAGCCACACUGUCAGCUUUAAGGAAUAGCCACAAAUUUAUUGGCCCUUAUCAAGAAGCAACCUCUCUUGUGUAUGAAAAUGCGCUAACUAACAUUGGAAAUGCUUACGACACAAAUACAGGAAUCUUCACUGCACCAGUAAAAGGAGUGUAUUACUUCAACUUUGUGGUCUUCAAUCCUUGGGGCAUGCCGACCGGUGUGAGAUUGUUAAAAAAUGGCAAUUUUGUGGUCGGAGCAACCGAUAACCCUCCCGGACAAGACACAGAGGACACUGCGAGCAACGCUGUCUGCCUUCUGCUGGAACAAGGGGACCAGAUCCAUCUUCAGCUUUGGGAGAACCGUCGUAUCUACACAGAUGGUAACAGACGUAACACCUUUAGUGGACACCUUCUUUUUACUAUGUAAAUUUUCUGGUGUUUCAUUCAGAUAAAAUAGUCAAACUUUCCUGAAUCUGUGAAGAAAAUAAAAAAUAAUAAGGUGUUGCAAUCCACAAGCAGGCAAUAAAGCGUAACAGCAUGUAAACACAUACACAAACAUAAACAUAUACAUCACAAGGUGAUCAAGGAGGAAUUGAAAUACCCAGUGGUGACGCACUAAAUGAGCAGCUGAGAUGAAUGGUUAGUGUCCGUAAAUAAAGACAAAGAAACACAUGUGACCAAUGAAAACAAACUGAAUAUAAUAUACAUAACCAAAGCUUGGCAAGACAGAUGAAACUGAUUAAUUUUGUUUUAUUUUUAAGUAUGACACAAUCAACAGACAAGAAGGGAAGAAAGAUUUUAAAUAGUCUUCAAAAGACCUUCAAAUGUAGUGCUAAUACAAAUGCACUGCUUUGUAUUAUUGUUUGUUUUUUCAUUAUUCUUUCAUUUAUUACUAAACCUGUAUCACCUGUAUGUCAAACAAUAUUAUUUUUUAAUGUAAAUGCUUGAAAUUGUACUUGAAUGUCAUAAAUAAUUUUCCAUGCA